AUGACUGGAUUGCUGGCCCAGCGGGGUUUGUUGUUUGGAAUCGCACCAUUUCGGUCAUUUUUUGCAUCAGCUACUUUAUUGGCAAGAUUGCGAGAAGGAAACGGCAAUGUCUUUUUGAAGGAUUUAGGCCGAUUAACAGUUGUUCAAACUGAUGAUGAGCCUUAUACGCCGGGCCAGCUAUUUAUUCACAAGCUCUUUCCCUACAGAGGUAUCGUUUUGUGUUCCUUUCCCUGUCCUGUUGAAGAAAAGUUACUUAAUGCAAAUAAUGAUGAUCCCGUAAUAAUAACUCACAAGUCAUUGUUUUAUCAAGUGCUUAUUCACUGCGGUGAUUGGAAAAAUAUGCAUUUUCCAGUAGACAUUACUUCGUAUUUGGAAGAUGCAGGUACAGUUCAUGGUGAAAAAGUUCUGACUGUUGUAUUUGGAAUGGAUUGUGUUCCUCAUGAUGAGAUUGUACCAUAUAGGACACAUAUCACACGGCCUAUUGUUCAUAAUCUGUUCGGUGGCCUUUUCGAAUGUACAGCGGUAGAAGAUAAUGACCUCAUAUUUAGUAUACGUAAAGAACCAAGUUUUCUGAUAGGUCAACAUUCAAAUUGCAUAUUGAAUCAACUCAAACCCCACUUCGCUUACCGCGAAACGACAGAUGGAAUACGGGUGACUGUGAUAACAUUUUAUCUUGGAUUAAAUACAGUCAGUGGACAACAAAAACACUGGUGGCGUUAUGUAAUACGUCUGGAAAAUUUGAAACCUUGUCACAUAAUUAUUCGUUCGAGAGAAAUGAAAGUUUACAGCUUAAGUAAUAUGCAGCAACAAAAAAUGCCAAGCAUUGCUGGUGGGAAUCCUCGACUGACACCAGAAGAGCCAGCAUUUCAAUAUAGCGGUAUGGUUGGUGUAGUAGUGGAUAAAGGAUCGUAUGCAUGGGGGAAUUUCACAAUGGAACGAGAAGAAGAUCGAACAUCAUUCCUUGUUAAAGUACCCACAUUUAGAUUGGAAUGUGAUUCCAAUCCAACACCAGAGAAAACUGAACAAUUGAGUUAG